GCCCCUGCAUAUCCGGACGCUCGCCUACCUGAGCUCUGCGCCUACGCCUUGCAAGCUAAGCGAACGCCAAGCUUCAAGUUCAGCGUCUUAGCCGGUCCCUACUUGUAUCCACCGCUGGCCGAAUUAGAGGGAGAUUAUGGCCGACCAAGGACUGUCGGACGAAGCCGCAGCUGCAGCCUGCAAAGAUGGGAAUCCAAUCACUAAAGACUUCAUGAUGCAGCAGACAAUGUUGAGGGUAAAAGAUCCUGUGAAAUCUUUGGACUUCUACACACGCAUACUUGGAAUGACCCUGCUGCAGAAAUUUGAUUUCCCUUCAAUGCGAUUCUCUCUCUACUUCCUCGGUUAUGAAGAUAAGAAGGAAAUACCUGCUGAGACCAAAGAAAGAACAGCUUGGACUUUUUCACGCCGAGCCACCAUUGAGCUCACACAUAACUGGGGUUCGGAGACAGAUGACAGCCAGUCUUACCACAAUGGAAAUUCAGACCCUCGAGGGUUUGGCCACAUAGGAAUUGCUGUACCAGAUGUUUAUGCCGCUUGCAAGUUGUUUGAAGAACAAGGAGUGACCUUUGUCAAAAAGCCUGAUGAUGGUAAAAUGAAGGGCUUGGCUUUCAUUCAGGACCCUGAUGGCUACUGGAUAGAAAUUCUUAGCCCAAACAACAUGGUGUCCAUUACUUCUUAAAGAAGCAGCCAAGGCUGUGUGAUCAGCUUAAUGGGUGAUUUCGAUGAAGAUACCGCAUGGCCAUAAUACAGAGGACGAUUGAAAAGGAGUAACACACACACACCACUUCACAGACUGCUCUUUUUGUGGAGAUUGCAAGCAAGAUGAAAAGACCGGAUCACAGCAUUGUUGGCGCUAAACAGUCUAAAUGCUAGCAAAGUGCUGUGGAACUCGAUUUGGGGACUGAUCUCUACAAAUUUAUUAUACUUUAUUAAAAUUUCUACAACUUUAUUACUAACCAUGCAAAUUUGGCUUUGAAUACGAAAGUGGAGACACGGAUACUAAAGUCAUUCAUGUCCUUUAUUAGCUGUUUACAUUGCGUGUCAGUGCAAUAAAACAUUGACAUACAUGCUUUUUUCCUUUAAGAAAAAAGAUGUGUAGGUCAUGUUGUAAAUCUCUCCUGAUCAACACUAAUAGUGAUAUGCUCAAUAAAGCAACAUGCAGCUUGUCAGAAAAAUGCUUAA